AUGCCCGAGGGCUUCCAGGGAGGCGACAAGGUGGUGGCGAUGCAACGGCUUGAUGGCCUGUGGAGAUUGACCAGGCAACCGAUGCACUUUGCUUUGGCAGUCCCGCCGGACGCAAAGCCUGGUCAGGCUCUCAAGCCUCAGCUGCCGGAUGGAACUUUUCUGAAUUUUGAGCUUCCGGAGAACGUGCAGCCGGGCCACCUUGUGGAGCUGAAGAAUCUUGAGGGCGCAUGGGCGGUGGUUCGCGUCGUCGAACUCUUGCAGGUGUCUCGCAACCCGCUUCAAACCGAAACUGUUCGGGGGUCUUUCUUGGCGGCCUUGGAGCAGCUUCGCCAGUCCGGGGGGAUCAGCACCCUGGAGGCCGACGCCCAGGGCAUGCUUGUUGUAAAUGUGCCCUUCUGCGGACGGUUCCAAGAAUAUGCUCUUCUUGGCAACUUCUUGGCCGAGCACUGCCUGACCUUGCCUGGUGUGCGUGGGAUACGGAUAUUCGCCACAGACAGCCAGGAUAAAUUUUAUUACGACUGGGCAGUUGCGAAGCGCUGGUUUGCCGAGUUUCAUCCGCAGAUUGAAGUCCAAACGCAGGUUCGUGACCUUCACAUCGACCCACUGCCCCGGGCAGCGCUCACAGUUGCCUCUCAUCCUGAGGUCACGAGAGGGGGAUCCUGGUUUCCAAUCAUCGGUUCAAUCGUCCAUGCUGCAGAGCAGGGCAUUUGCCUUUUCGGCACUUUCUUUGAGGACGAGGCGAAAACGCUCACCAACAUGGUGCGCAUGUACAGCACCGACAGGAUCAGCUGCGAGAUGACGGAGAACCCAUUCUUCACAACACCUGAGGGCAAGUCGUUGCAAUCAAAGCGUAUGCGCUAUCUGGUGCUUCUGCGCCCUCAGCGAGAGACCUCGAUACUUAAGGCCAUGGGCCAGUAUGUUGCGAGUGUCUGCAGCCCAAGAAAGCAGUUGACCAACGACUCGGCAUAA